UUAGGAGAAUUUAGCAAACAAAAAAAUUCAAACACUACUUUGACUCACUAGUUUCGGUCGAACCUCCUUAAAUGUAUGUGUGGAUUUUAUUUCUUUGUUUUUAACAUAUAUAUUUAAUAUUCUUAUUUCAAACUUUUUUCUCAUGUAAUUAAAAAAAGUUGUUAAUAUUUUAUGAAUUUUGUAUGAAGCAAUAUUUUCAUUUAUUUUUAUUAACUUCAACAUAACAACAUCUAAUAUAUAAAAUUCUCGUGUCACAGUUUUCGUUCCCAUACUCCUCCGAAACGGCUUGACCGAUUCUCAUGAAAUUUUGUGAGCGUAUUGAAUAGGUCUGAGAAUCGGCCAACAUCUAUUUUUCAUCCCCCUAAAUGUUAGGGGUAGUCCACCCCUGAUUUUUUUUUUUUUUAUUUUUUAGACAAAAUUUUUAGUUUCUAUUUUUUUAUGAUACAACAUACAAAAAUACAUACAAUCCUUAAUUUUUACCCUUCAACUAUCAACCCUCAUUUUUUAUUAGCCAUUUUAGUAAUUUAAUCAUUUUUUAUCUCCGGUCGCAUUAUGCUCGCAGUUUCAGCUGGACAAGGUGGGUUCUUCUUUUUGGAUGCACCGGGUGGAACUGGCAAAACAUUCGUUAUUUCGCUAAUUCUUGCUGAAAUACGAUCAAAUAAUGGCAUCGCAUUGGUCGUUGCAUCAUCGGGCAUUGCAGCAACUUUAUUGGAUGGAGGUAGAACAGCUCAUUCAGUAUUUAAGCUGCCACUAAAUAUUCAGAAUAACCCUGACGCAGUAUGCAACAUUAAGAAACAAUCGUCCAUGGCCACUGUGCUGAAACGGUGUAAAAUUAUUAUUUGGGAUGAAUGUACUAUGGCACACAAAUAUUCACUUGAGGCGUUGAACAGGACAUUGAAAGAUAUUAAAAACAGUGACAAACUAUUUGGCGGAACUCUGUUGGUCCUUUCAGGUGAUUUCAGACAAACACUUCCAGUCAUUCCACGUUCAACAUACGCUGAUGAGAUCAACGCUUGCUUAAAAUCAUCUCCAUUGUGGCGUAAUGUUGAAAAAUUACAGCUAAAAAUAAAUAUGCGCGUUCAAAUGCUUCAAGAUCCAUCCGCUGAAACAUUUUCAAAACAACUCUUAGAUAUCGGUGAUGGAAAAGUUGCUAUAGAUGAAACUGGAUACGUAAAAUUACCGACCGAUUUCUGCACAAUCGCUGAUUCGCAAGAUACUCUCAUUGAACAAAUAUUUCCCGAUGUACACACACGGUACAUAAAUCAUGAGUGGCUUGCAGAAAGAGUGAUUUUAGCGGCAAAAAAUGUAGACGUUGACAAUUUAAAUCUGAAGAUACAAAUGUUGUUGCCAGGGAACUUGGUAUCAUAUAAAUCUAUUGAUACAGUUUGCGACGACAGCGAAGCAGUAAAUUUUCCCACAGAGUUUUUGAACUCACUGGAUUUGCCAGGCAUGCCACCGCAUAAUUUACAAUUAAAGGUUGGAUCUCCAAUUAUCUUGCUUCGUAAUUUGAACCCGCCUCGGCUGUGCAACGGUACGCGAUUAGUCAUUCAAAAAUUAAUGAAAAAUGUGAUCGAAGCCAGAAUUUUAAAUGGCAAGUUCAGAGGUGAAAAUGUACUCAUACCACGGAUUCCUAUUAUACCUACAGAUGUGCCAAUUCAAUUCAAACGUAUUCAGUUUCCGAUUAGAUUGGCAUUUGCAAUGACUAUCAACAAAUCCCAAGGUCAAACGAUGUCUGUUUGUGGAUUAGAUUUGAGAACACCAUGUUUUUCACACGGACAAUUAUACGUGGCAUGCUCUCGAGUGGGUAAACCAUCCAGUUUGUUUGUGUUAGCUAGAGAUGGACUAACAAAAAAUAUUGUUCACGCUAUAGCAUUAAGAGAUUGAUAUUGUUUAAUAGUGUUACUGUCGUAAUUGUUUAAUUAAUGGUAUAUAAUUUUAAGGAAUCAAUUAUAAUAACUUAAAAAUAAUGUUUGCCUUUUGUUAUUUUUAUAUUACCUCAUCGUUCACAGCGCUCCAUGCUUAUUUCACGCAUAUACCACAUUCUUACAUAUAUACAAUAUACAUAUUCUAACAUACAUACAUACAUACUUACAAUAAGUAAGCUAUUUUUUGUCUACACAAGAAAUGACUAGGAAAUUAUUUAUUUGGCAAAACAACGUUUGCCGGGUCAGCUAGUAUAUUUAUAAAAAUAUAUUUUUAAUAGUUAAUUAUUAUAUAAUUUUCGUCGUUUCUCUGCCGCCUUCCAACGCUCUUAAAUUGACCUUCUCAGAUAGAGAUUGCAUGAAGUACAUUUAUUGAGAAAAAACUUUUUUUUUUCAACUAAAACAAUCUUUUUUUCUUUACAUUGAGAAAAAUUAUCAAUGGAAACAUUGAUAUUAUAUUAUGGAGGGUAGAGAUACCUCUACCCUCCAUAUAUCAUAUAUUGAUGCCACAGGGUUGCAAAUUUUUCAAUUAAAAAAAUUACAAUUAUUACUACUAAAAAAAUGAAUAAUUGAAAUUAUUUUGCCCUCGCGGUUUUAGAAAUACCGAAAUAAUACCGGAAUUGUACGGUAUAAAUAUGGUAUUACUCGAGUUAUUUUGGCCAGUUUUUUUGCCGUAUUAUUGCCAAAAAUUUACGAAAUAAAUUCAGAAUAUUUACGGCAAUAAAUCAGAAAAAAUACGGUAUUUUCACAGCAUUAAAACCGUAAUUAUACAACAUAUUUAUAGUAUAUUAUCGGCAUUUCUGCAGCAUCUAACCGUUCUACCCAGAAAAAAAUUUAUAUAUAAUCGUAUAAAAUUUUAUGUAGUUAUAUCUAAUUUUAUAUAAUUAUAUAUAACCUUAUAAAAUUAUAUGCAAUAACUGUCAUGAAAAAAAAAAAAAAAAGAAAAAAACCGUCUACUCGUGGACUCGAUCCCGAGACCUAAUAAUUCAAAUUCUGAUCUGGUAGCCAUUAUGCCAAAUCACUUACUUGAAAGAUGUUACUAAUUGUAUUCAGAUGGAUACAAACAAACUUUAAAGAAUUGAAAACAUCAAUUUUCACAGAUAGUUAUUUUCACUUACAUUUUUUUGUUUGAGUAAGAAUUGUGUGAACCAAUAAAAUAAAAUAAAAAAUAUUACAUUUUGCACAUUUGCGAUGAUGUUAAAUGCAGAAGCGAACAAAAAAUAAAAUCAUAUUUUUUACAAUUUUCUAUUUCAUCAGCAUAAAUCUGGCAAAAUUGCAGGAUACUGACAGUAUUAUUAUCACAAAAACAACGAUUUCAUUAUUGUAACAUUAUCGUAUAAUAGUUUUUAUACAGCAUUUUAUUGGUAAAAGUUCGGCAUUUUUAGUUUUUUUACAGCAUUUUUUUGGUAAAAGUUCGGUAUUGUUAUAGUUUUUUUACAGCAUUUUUUCGGUAAAAGUUCGGCAUUUUUAUAGUAAUAUUACUGUAGUAAUCUGGUAACUCUACAUCAUAAGUACAGAAAGUAUAUGGCAUAACUACAGGAAAAAAACUGGCCAAUAUAACCAUAUUAAUACCAAAUUAUUGCGGUAAAUUUACGGCAUGUGCAUAAAUGCCGAAAAUAUACGGCAUUUUUACGGCAUUCUCAAAACCGCGAGGGUGGUUAUUAAUUUUUUUUUUAAUUGGGAAAUAAAAGUCAUUUUUAUUUUGAUUUAAAAAUAGUUGAUGUGAUUGCAUUUAUUAUCUAAAAUUGUUAAUUGAAACGAUUUAGAUAAUUAUCAAGAAAAUAAAUAAUUCGAAUGAUUUGAAUUAUUCGUUGUUUAUUAAAUAGAUAAUUAUUAGUAUUUUGAUAUUUAAAAAAAAAUAAAUGGAUUAAUGAUACUUUUUCCAUUUUUCAUUUUCCAAAAAAUGAAAAA